AUGAUUUGCAACGCCUGUCGCCAGGCCGGUCGCCAUUUUUCCGGCCGUCGAUCCGGGCUGCUGUCGCCGCUGGCUUCAGCGCUUCCUUCAUCCCGAGCCUACAGCGGACGUGGUGCAGCGGUGCUCCAGAUACAGACACAGACGCAGACAGCCAGCCGACCUGCUUCAUGGACGGCCCUGCAAUCGCUCACUUCCGGCCACCGUCGCUUUUCUGCUGCUGCCUCGUCUGCUGCCGAAAGCGCAACGGCCUCCUCGUCCGCCGUGCCGCCAAAGCCGGACUUCCUCGACGAGGCCGAGUCCAAGGUGUGGGAUCUGCUGUGUGAGGCGUUUACGCCGGUCGAGCUGAGCGUGCGUGACAUCUCUGGCGGCUGCGGAUCUAUGUACGGCAUCGAGAUCAGCUCGGAAAGGUUCCGCGGCGCCAACAUGCUGAAGCAGCAGCGCAUGGUUAAUGCGGUGCUGGGCGACCUGAUGAAGGACUGGCACGGCGUGCAGCUGAAGACGCGGGUGCCGUAG